AUGCGCACUGUAUGCAGUGUGCAUGUGCUGUGCAGUGCACAGCAUUAUAUGCGCUGUGUGCGAGGCUUACGUGCAGUGCUCAUGAACUACAACGAGAUCGAGGCAAAGGUCCGCGCCGCCACGAGUGGCGACCCGUGGGGUGCAAGCUCGACGGAGAUGCAAGAGAUUGCGGCGGCGACGCACAGCUACACGGCGUUCAACGAGAUCAUGCCGGUCAUCUACCGGCGACUGACGGAGAAGACGGGGAACGAAUGGCGGCAGGUGUAUAAGGCGCUACAGCUGUUGGAAUACCUGGUGAAACACGGGUCGGAGCGGGUGGCGGAGGAUGUGCGGGCGCACAUCUCGCUAGUGAAGGUGCUGCGGGGCUUUGAGCAUGUGGACGCUCGCGGGAGGGACCGCGGUGCAAGCGGUAUGUGAGGGUUUUUGCAUGCG